GUCGGCCGGUCCCCAGAGCUCGGAGCGGAGUGCACCCGCGGGAUCCCCCCAGUAGCGUCCCGAGAACCGAGACAAAAAUACACAGCCGCGACCCCGAUAACAACGCCCCUGUUGGGUACUUCUCCACUGAGGUUGUAAAAAAUAAAAACGGAUCGGGCGGCGCGGGAUUAGCCAUUUCGAUCCCUUAAUCCCCGCCCCCGCGCGCGACUCCCUGCCGCCUUCCGCGCCGCGCACUGUUUGGGCUGGGCGCCAAAGGGCGCGCCGUGUCGUGCGUACACGAUAAGGACUCGGGCCGGGCCCUGCCGCCGCACGCCGCCCCGCGCCGCGCCACGCCACGCACGCCCCGCGCCGUCUCGCGAUUUGCCGCAGGUGGCUUCAAGUCGGCCGCCCAAUCGCCCGGCCGGCCACUCAUUCUCCGGGCGCGCUGCCAGGCGCAGCUAAGCGCAGCACCGCGCGAAGCACCGCUCCUCCUCCGCCGCCGACGCCUCCGCCGUCGUCCCUCGCGCGCACCAUGCUCGUCCUAGGCGCCGUCCUGGCCCUCCUGGCCGUCCUGGCCCCCUCCGCGUGCUACGCCGCCGACGACGCCAAGAAGCAGGGCCUCGAGCACCAGCUGCAGCAGCCCGGCGACACGCAACCUAGCUGCCCGUCGCUGGAGGACAGCCGCAGCUCCUACGAGCUCCUCCAGAGGCUCACCGAGCCCUGCCGUUAUGACCGCUUCUCCAGGCCCUCACACAACGGGGAUCCCCUACCAAUCUACACGCGCAUGUUCGUCUACUACCUGGGCUCCGUGGAGACGCAUUCCCUGCAAUUCACUGCCCACUUGAUGCUGCGCUACCGCUGGAGGGACCCCCGCCUCUCGUACUCCGCCACGGCGCCCACCAUGUCCAGGGUGAUUGGCGAGAAGGUGAUCCGGGAGCGCAUCUGGGUGCCGCACGUGUACCUCGUCAACGAGCACGACUCCAGGGUGAUGGGCGCGGACAAGGAGGAUGUCAUCGUCACCGUCAAGCCCUCGGGAACUGUGCUCUUCUCCAUCCGCAUCAAGGUCACAAUGAUGUGCAUCAUGAACCUACAGAAGUUCCCCUUCGACCAGCAGACGUGUCCGAUGGUGUUUGAGAGCUGGAUGUACAACACGACGGAGAUGAAGCUGAAGUGGGAGGAGAACAACCCGGUGAUUCUGGACAACAAGCUGCGCCUCACGGAGUACUGCCUGCAGUCGCACUCGCACAACGAGAGCCAGGGCAGCUACGAGUUCGCGGACAUGGACAUCGACGAGAUGGGCAUGGACAGGUUCGGCGGCAACUACUCGCGCCUGCAGGUGGACUUCCACCUGAAGCGCGAGGUGGGCCACUACAUCAUGGACUACUACGUGCCCUCCAUCCUGCUGGUCGUCGUCUCCUGGGUGUCCUUCUGGCUGGACCCCAACGCCGUCCCCGGCCGCACCACGCUGGGCACCAGCACCAUGCUGACGUUCAUCACGCUGACGCGCAACUCGGGCAGCCCCCUGCCGAAGGUGUCGUACAUCAAGGCGACCGAGAUUUGGUUCAUGGUGUGCACCGCCUUCAUCUUCGGCUCCCUCGUCGAGUUCGCCUUCGUCAACACCAUUUGGCGUCGAAAGAACAACGUGGAGCUCAAGAAGGUCAACACGAAGCACGUGCUGAGGUCAACGCUCACGCCGACCCUGCACCGUAAGCAGACCAUGAUGGAGCGGUGCAGGUCCUGCCCCGACAUGGUCGAGGAGGGACGCAAGCCGCAACCUGAGAUCUCCAUAUACGGCGCCACCAACACGCUGAGCGUGGGGUCACUCGAGUCCAUCCGCGACCCCUACGCGUCAACGUACACCCUGAGCUCGACGCUGGCCGCAGGCUCGACAGAGUCGACCCAGGACUGCCAGGACAUCGUCAUCCCCGUGCCAGGCUCAGGCGGCAGGGGUUACAAGGCGCAGAACAUGGCGCAAGCGGACGGGCUGAGCUCGCCCUCACCCUCGCCCCAGGGCUUCACCACCAUGACGCCGCAGCAGAUCGCGCAGUGGAUCGACCGGCGCAGCAGAGUCGUGUUCCCGGCCAGCUUCGUCGUCUUCAACGUCCUGUACUGGGGCUUCGUCUGGAUCUAGGCCCCGGGCCGGCACCGCGCAUCACCGAGCGGGGCGGGGUAGGAACAGGGAGGGGAGGGUAACUCGACUCGCCUACAGACUAUGCAGAAGUAGACGUCUCGAGAUGCCGACUGGACUGGCGCGGGCCGGGCGCAGAGGGACCUCCGCAGGCGUCUGCUCGACUAGACGCGUGCAGAGGUCCGUGUGCCCCGUCCGCGAUCGCGUUUUCCUAUGAAUUGGUUCCUUGAAUGCCCACUUAAAUGUUCCAUUGAAUUUCCUACAAGUAUUGUGAUAUGCCUUUCCUUGAUGAUGUAUGCUAGUGGAGCGUGCUGCGUUACCGUUCGAGUGUUUGCUGCCGUUGUUGUCCGGGCACCAGGCAGGCGCGGCCUGUUAUUGCCAACCGCCGCUGGUCGAGUCCUUCAGAGAGCGAGCAGCGAAUGAGAGAGGAGGAGCAUUUCCCUAUGAGACUGAAUAAUCAGGCCGAAUGAAUAUUUUUGUGAUCUUUGUUAUUAUUUUUUUCUGUCCUCUUCAGUAUUACCCCGAAAAAAACAUUGUCGAGUCAGAGUCAUAAUGCCGAUUCUGGUCUCAAAUGCUAGCAAAGGUAAAUGACAAUCUGAAUUCCUUCGAUUUAGAUUUAUUUCAGCAGAUUUGCUUUUAGUCGUCCUUCUUAUUCAGAAUUGCCAUGUUAACAAUUUUUUUUUCUCGUAUUAUAUUAUUAUUGUGAUUAGAGCUGCCUUCUCCUACUUUAUUUAAGUUUUGUAGGAUAUUUAUUUCUCAGUGUACAGUAUUUUUGGUAAGGCUAUGUAAGUUAUGUUAUUUUAAUCAGACUAUAUGGUUGUAUCGAAAUAUGAUAAUAUACUUCAUGUCAAGAAGCACAAAUCUCUUUGUUAUGAAAUAAAUAAUUUAAGGAUA